GAUUGAUGCCUCCCUCUGUUUUUCUUUCUCGUACUUUCCAUUCAUUCUUCUUUCGAUAGCGCACACGAGAGAGCUGACAAACGUUCCGCGAAUCCAAUUCACCCAACGUGACCCAAGAUGGGCAGCAUCAAUCUUCCCUCCACAGAUUCCGCCGACGUUUACCUCGCCACGGCGACCCCAGAAGAGGCAGAAGCACUGCAACAUGCGAAUAGUUCCGAGUGGAAAGGUGCGCUCAAUGUGGAAGCUUAUCUGCGCCGAGAGAAGUACCUGGGUGCUCAGGAUCUCACCAAGGAUGGUGGACUGACGAGCUGGGUACUGGUGUGGCAGCCAGGGCCAGCCGCCGAGCGUCAAGUACUCAGCGGAUGCGAGACUAUUAAGAAGCGUGCACUGGUUUCCAGAGAUGGCAACGUCGAGGAGGUGAUAUGUCAUGGACUGUGCUCGGUAUUUUGUCCACCAGCCUUCAGGGGAAGAGGAUACGCGAGUAGGAUGAUGACCGAGGUUGGGAAGAAGCUGGAGAACUGGCAGGUUGAUAAUGGGAAAGCACAUCUGUUCAGCGUGCUCUACUCCGACAUUGGCAAGCAAUUCUAUGCUGCAAAGGGCUGGCAUCCUUUCCCGUCAUCACACAUUACGUUGCCAGCGAAAGAGACACCAUCGGCAGAAGGCGUCAGAUUGCUGCACAGCCAAGAUCUUGCGGCACUUUGCGUUGCGGAUGAAGACUUGAUUCGCGCUCGGCUCAAGAACAGAAAGGCAGGGUCCCAGACAGCGGUAUCCAUCAUACCCGAUCUUCGCACUCUAGCCUGGACACAUGCCCGCGAGGAUUUUGUUUGCAACGAGCUAUAUCACAAGACUCCAUCAAUCAGAGGUGCUAGGGUAAACGAUGUAUGGGCAUACUGGGCUCGAGUAUGGUCCGAUCCCACAGGUCACGAGCCAAACACUCUCCACAUUCUGCGACUUGUGGUCGAGGAUGACGCGCUCGGCGCAGACUUCUCUCCAGCAUCCGCUCCCGGCACAGAGGCGAUUAAUGCAGCAGCAGAGGGCCGCACUCCUAUCCACGGCGUGGAAGCGAGCAGAGUCGAUGAGAUCAGGCAGUCCAUCGCGAAGAUCUUCCAAGUCGCACAGACAGAGGCUGCGAGAUGGGAUAUGAAAGAAGUGGUGUUGUGGAACCCUACUAGCCUCGCAUUGGCAGGCGCGCGUCAGAUCAGCCCGAACGUGGUUGUUCAAGAGCGGGAAGUGGAGAGCAUUGCAAGUUUGAAGUGGUAUGGCGAGGGAAGUGGAACGGAGGUGGAAUGGGUUGAGAACAUGAAGUACGCCUGGUGCUGAGUGAUUCCCAUGUCUGUCGUCCACUCGGAGCGACCGGUGGGCAGCACUCGCUUCUGCGGAAAGGCACAUGUAACUCUCUUCACAUGAUAAGACUGCGAACACGUGGGCAACAUUCGCAUGGCUGCCCAAGAUUUUUCUCCAUGAAGAAACGGCCGCGCCGAGUGAAGCUAAUCAGUGAUCUGCACGCGUGCAGGUCCUUUCCGAGCGUCGAAUGCAUGGGUAAGGAAGGUAGGUACAACGAUAGCAGUAGGAAUAGCAGCAGUAGGUGGGUAGCUAGGUACAGGAGGUAGUCAUGUUCAAG